AUACGACUGUAAAGAAUUGGAAUUUGGACGCAGACGAUGACGACAACUCUUCAUGACUUGUUUGAUCAAAUUAUUCAUUCAGAGAGAAAGGCACAGGAGAAGAAGAACUAUUUACAAGAAGUGAAGUCCAAACUGUCUUCCUUGGAGACAGAACUUGAAGAGUCAGAAGAUGAACACAAGAGACUUAAAGGACGAUUACUAUUGAAGGUGCAGCACUGGAAGCAAGAAGAGCUGAAGCUGUCCUUCCUCACAUCGAGGCAGGCCAUCUUGUUGGAGCAGAGACAGGCCCUGGAGGUGGAGAGUGACCAUGUCAAAUCACAGCUGAAGGAGCUUCAGACUGAGUUGCUGAACACUAUGUCCGAGUUCAGCACAGAAGUAAGUUUGUUUGGUGAGGACUAUGACCUGCUCAGCUCAGGUUCGGCAAGAAGGGAAAAGGAGGCUCGGGAACAAGCUGACCAGCUGGAGCUACCACUGCAGCAACUUACUGAAGGUAAGGAAUAUGUAAAGAUAUAUAAAAAUAGUUUCAUAACACUGUUCAGUAAUGACUCCUCAAAUUCUCACAAAUGGGAGGUGAGAACUGCAGGCCAGUCACUUGAAGAAGAGCUCCACCAGGCCAAAAACAAUUUGGAAGAAACCAAAGUUCAGUUAGCAGAGCUUGAGCAAGAGAUCAGGGCUGCCCAAGAGCUGGUUGAAGGCCUUGAGAAAGAGAAAUCACAUGUUGCAGGCCUCCCUUUGAACGGAGAGGAGUUUAAAGUAUUACACAAAGAACUGGAGGGAUUACAUUCUGCUCAUCUCGAAGCGAAAUGUAUGUCACUCCAAACAGAGCUGAACGGCCUUCAACAGCAGCUGAGACUGAAGGCAGUGCAACAACAACGCAAACAGCAUCAGCAUCAGCAUCCACAGCAUAAUGAAGAUACAUUCAAGCCCCAACCUCAAGAGUCCAUUCCUGAGAGCAGCACAAGCAACCGACUUUGUGUUUCCAAUUUUUCUCACUUAGUUAAAGAGAAUGAAGUCGGUGUUGAGUUGAAGGAGGAGGAUUUUGAUGAUGACAUGACCCUUCCUGACCUUGUCACAAAUACUCCGCCAGCUGAAGAUAUCAGGCAAUCUCCAAAGGAUGUUGGACACCAGAGAAGAUCAAUAUUCAGACCCAGGAGAGUUUAACUACUUCACUAGCAAUCUUUUAAUCUUAUGUGAUACUAAAUAUGCCUUGGUAGAAAAUGACUGACUAUAUAUUCCACAAAAUAGAAGAAAGAAUUAUUUUGAUAAAAUGGUUGUUUGGGAAUUCAUUGGGAAAUGCAAAUGUUUAGAGAGGUUGUAAAUGCAACAUUCAUUGCCUCCCUUAGGAAUACGAGGAUCCUAUGAUCCUGCGUUUAAUGCCAGAUUCACCUUUGAUUCUUGAUUUUUCAGCACCAUAAUAAUAAUUCUUAUGGUUCUCACCAAAGUAGCAAAAAUCUCGGACCAGAAUCUUUUCAAGCUCUCCUCCCACAUCAAGCUGAUACGCUAUCAUGAAACAGAAAUAUUCUUAGAUGCAGCAUGAAGCCCAACCUUUUCAUUCUCUCCUUAGGCAGCCAUGUUGGAUUGAGGCAGGUUGUCUCGGUUGACAGAACAAAGCUGUUUGUCACAAGAUAGCUUGUGGUGCACUUCAACCUGCCCUCAUUCUACUUCCUGGUUGAGGCCAGAUUGUGAUCAUUCAGGAUGGCCUGUUUACACCCUUGUGCUUUGAGCUGAUAAGCCAGCGCAGACAGAUACUGUGCUCACUGCAGAUAGGUCAUGUUAAGUAAAUACAUAAACCUUUCCUGCAUCUUUCUUGUGAUACGUUUGAAUAGAAUCAUUAAGCAAACAGAAAUUAGACAUCGCACAUAUGUGAACGAGCUGUGAGACUGAAGCUAACUGUGACUGGCCCAGUGGCCUGACUUGACUCAGUUUUUUGUUGUUUCCCAUGGCUAUGCCAGGAUCUGCUUGUUGUGCAUGGAGGUCCUAGAUCACCUUUAGUUCAUGUAUUGUCUUUGGUUGUUAAAUAGGUCCAUGAGGCGAUGGAGUAGCCUAACAGUUAAAGUGUCUGCCCAUACAAGUGAAGCCCAUUUCUGGUGUACCCUUAUGUGAUAUUGCUGGAAUAUUGCCAAAACCAACAAUAAAACCAUACUCUCUUGCUCAUUCUAUAUGUGUGUGUUUGUGAGUUUCGCCCAAGUGAAAGGGUCUCGGGCUUGUUAAGCAUUUUCCUUCCUCAC